CAGAUACGGCCACACUGAUAUUAUCGCAUUCCUCCGGUUCAAUUUUGUUUUGUGUUUUGUUUUGCAUUUUUACCUAACCUAUUCCAUUUGUUGCCCCUGCAGUUUUUACAAACAGUUGUGAAAUCCGGGAAAGUGUUUCGCCUUCCACCGCGGGCAGCCGGACAGCUACAAUGGCAUUCCGCCAGUCGGAGCAUGAGAUGAGCGUCACCUCGCUCGAUUCGAGUGUCGAGCUGCGAUCGCGUUCCCCAUCGCCGCAGCUCUUCAAUCCGCGCAAGCUGCGCUUCGCCGACGACGAUUUUGACAAGGACUCGCCCCAAGGAGCGAGUCCGCAGCAUCCUCUACAGCAUCCAGAGAAGCUAUUCUCCGGCGCAGAGCAGCAGGCCAGCAAGGACGUAUCCAUGUCGCCUCCGUGCCAGAAGGUGCGUGCCUUGCGCCUGUUUAGCACUCCGGCCACCCCAAAGACCAUCCUGCAAAAGUCCACGACCCAGUGCAGCAACCAUCUGUCAGCGGCGGCAGCGGCAGUAAACGCAUCCCGUCUGUUGGAGCGGCCCCGAUCCCUGCCUCUGCACAACCGCAAACUUCCCACCCAGGACACGGCGAACGUUAAUCCCUUUACGCCCGACAGCCUCCUGGCUCACAAUAAGAAGCGUUGUCGCACGCAAUUUGGACGCGAAAACCUCAACCUGAAUGUGAAUGCUAUGCAAAAGUAUUUGCUCAGCGAAGCCUGCGACGAGGAUGCGACGGAAGAGGUGGGCGACACACUCCGCGAAAUCCAUCACCAAGCUCCUAAGCGGCUAGCCCUGCAUGACACGAAUAUAAGUCGUUUCAAGCGGGAGUUCAUGCAAGUUAACGUGAUCGGCGUAGGAGAAUUUGGCGUGGUGUUCCAGUGCGUCAAUCGACUAGAUGGGUGUAUCUACGCGAUUAAGAAAAGCAAGAAGCCAGUGGCAGGCAGCUCCUUCGAAAAAAGAGCCUUAAACGAGGUCUGGGCCCAUGCUGUUCUGGGCAAGCACGACAAUGUGGUUAGGUACUACUCCGCCUGGGCGGAGGACGAUCACAUGCUGAUACAGAAUGAGUUCUGCGACGGCGGGAGCUUGCAUGCGCGGAUCCAGGAUCAUUUCUUGGGCGAGGCCGAACUAAAAAUUGUACUCAUGCACGUGAUCGAGGGCCUGCGCUAUAUCCAUUCCAAUGACCUUGUGCACAUGGAUCUGAAGCCAGAGAACAUAUUCUCCACCAUGAAUCCGAAUGCACACAAGCUGGUUGAGGUCCAACCGCAGCAGACCAAAGACGACGAUGGCAUGGACAGUGUUUACGAAGAGUUACGCCACUCGGAAAACUUGGUAACGUACAAGAUCGGCGACCUGGGCCAUGUGACGUCGGUUAAAGAGCCCCAUGUCGAGGAAGGCGACUGCCGCUAUCUGCCCAAGGAAAUCCUCCAAGAGGACUACUCGAAUCUCUUCAAGGCCGAUAUCUUCUCGCUGGGCAUCACGAUGUUUGAGGUAGCCGGGGGUGGUCCGCUUCCCAAAAAUGGACCAGAGUGGCAUAAACUGCGAAACGGCGAGGUGCCAGUCCUGUCAAGUCUGAGCAGGGAUUUUAACGAACUGAUAGCCCAGAUGAUGCACCGAGAUCCCGAUAAGAGGCCCACAUCGCAGUCCAUAUUCAGUCAUCCAAUUCUGAGCGCCGUUGACUCCAAGAGCAAGCUGCAGCUCGGUCUGGAGCUGACUGUGGAAAAACGCAAGAAUGAGAUACUAAUGAACAAGCUGAGGGAUGCCAAAAAACAGAUUAAACUACUCGAGCAAAGGGUCAACCUCCUUGCAGUGACCAACAAUCCGGAUAGCCUGGAUGGGCAGCGAUGUCUUCGCUCCUUCACGCGACGCAUGCGCACGCCAUUUUCGAGCCAUGGCAAGUUCGAUAGCAUAUCCGAUCGCAACAAGAACGUUAUUACGAAUAUCUGAUAAGCUCGCCACUCAUACCGAACCGAUAGCCAAACUCUUCCGAAUCGAACGUGAACUAAGCUCACAUUGUGUUACCUCUUAAGCGUAUUCAUAUAAUCGAUAUAUAUUUUAAAGAUUUCGCGUCGCUUAAUCCUAACCCUUUUCACCCCGUGUAUUUCAAGCUCAAGGAUUUAGAAGCAUUCGUAAUAUAAUAUAUAUAUUUUUCAAGCUCAGUGAACUUUUCUUUGUAGAGAAAGCACGAUCGUUCUAAGAAAAGGUCCCGUAGAUUUUAAGAUUGUCGCAUAGUUGUAAUGAGUAUUGUUUUCGAAAUUAAACUAUUUAUUAUGUUACAUGGAAAUCGAAAUUACAACAUUCCAUUCGUUAAA